AUGUUGAAUUGGUUUGAGAUGGUGUCACAGAAUCUUAAAGAACCGCACAAACGAUCCAAGGUCGCCAUGAAACUCAUCGAAGUUUUCUACGAAGUUUCCAUGAGUCUGUGUCAGAUCACCACUGCAGGCAGUAAUAAGAUCCUGGAUAUUUUUCUGCUGCGGGUUGGGGCUGUUGUCCUGGAUCAUGAAGUGCCUUUCUGUUUGCGUAUAGAGGCUAUCAGAACCAUAAACUCCAUAUUGGACAGCAGUCCCAAAGACAUAAGGAAGAAGCUCUGCCAUUCAGAUGACCAUAUCGGGCUCUUAGAAGACUUGGCAAAAGCACUGAUUGACAUUGGUGAUUAUGAAAUGCAGGUGGCAAUUUCUGAGGCACUCUGUAGGAUGACGCCAAAGAAAAUGAGAGAAGACUUUGCUGGCAAAUGGUUCAGUUUCAGAAGCUUUGCUUCAGCUUUUACUUCAAUUUGUGACAAAGAUUUUGAAACUGACUGCAGGACAUUUCUGAAUGAACUCAACAGCUAUUUUGGGAACUCAAGAAGAGUCUUCUCAUUCCCUUGCAUUAGGGUAUUUCUUGACUCAACUGAACUCUUCAAGCCCGAGGAUGAGUCUCUAAAGGAUUUUUGGGUGGAUUUCAACAUUGGAACAUCAACUAUUAGUUUCUUUGUUAACGACCCACAGAACACGCUGUGGGAGCUGAUUCACCUGCCUAAAAAUGCCAUCAAAUUGUAUGAUCUACAAGAGCAUGAUGAUCAUAAGAUAUUGACCAUUCACAUGAUCAUCCCUGUCUGUCAUGGAGAGAUCACUGGCAAAAUAGUCAAGAUCAUCUUUGGCUUGGAGCACAACAUCCAAACUGCCCUGACAAGAGUGUUUGAAGAGAAACCACAGACUGCCUCUGACUCAAAGGAUUCUGUGCCAUUAGAAGAGGACUUGACCAUGACAGAAGGGACCCAGCAUGGGCAAACUGAGAUGCCACAGACAUUUACCAGUUCACCUGCUGAAGAGACCAAAGACAUCAGUAAGGUUCCAUUCCAUCUGAGUGGACCAAGCAGAUAUCCUAGACCAAAGGUCAAAGGUUCCCCUGGUGAAGAUAUCUUCUACUUAAAAGAUCAUUCAGAUUCAGAGGUUGUUCUAGCCAAGACCAUGUUGUUCUGUCAGAAGCCAUCUUCUAAUGGGUCCACAAAAUCCCUCCCUGACACUCUGAGCAAAACAUCUGUGAAGAAGAGGACGCGUGUGCUGCGUUCAGAUGAAGGGUUCCUCCGCAGAGAAACUCCAUGCAUUGACUACAGCAGGAGGAAGCCCAGAGCCAAGAGCAAAUUCAGGGUUCUCCCUCUGUCCUCACCCAGCAGCAAUGAGGAAUUCUCCAAGUUUUCAACACCCAAACACAGACUUCAUGAAAGGAAACGAAGAAAAAGUGAUGAAUGGCAGCCUCAAGUCAAAUUAUUGAGAAUACUGAAUGUCGAGUCAUCCCUUUUCACUUCUGAUUCAGGUUUUCAAGACAAGACUGUUGUUUCUGAAUCCAGUUUACCGGUAGAGGAACCUGAUAAUCUUAUUGAAGAGGAACCCAGUUUAGAUAAAAAAGCAUCACCCCCUCCCCAAAGAAGUGAACCACUUGAAUCAUUAGGGCAAGAUGUGAGUUUAAAAAUUGACCAGCAGAAUCUGCACAAACACCUGACAAUCAAACCCAGAAAACUGUUCCUGUCCAGCUCCCUAGAGGACACUGCAGACCAAGUAACUCAAGUAUUGUUGGAGGAUGAGGAGUCGGAGGAAGAUUUGGGUUCUGGCGUCAGAGCUGCUUUUAACUCAUUUAAGACUCAACUGAGGGCACACUUCUCUAGCAGGUAUAAAAAGAUUGAAGCCAGAUCACUGCAGUCUUUAAUGGACUGUCAAAGGAAUGUGACCUCCCUCUUGGGAACGGUUCACAAUCAGAGGCUGGUGCAUUUGGAGCAGUUCCAGAACUCUGUGGUGCAGCAGUUGGCGUGUUUGGAGCAGGACUGUCUUUCUCUCAAAACUAUUGAGAGAGAUACUGUGAAUUUCUGGCAGUCGGAGUCUAACACAGUUCGGGCUUUCUGUGAUAGACAGCAGAAGAGGCUGGAUUCUCUGAAACUCCCCCGUAAGAGCACAGAUACUUCACUUGGUCUUUUAGAGAGCAGAGAGGCCAAAAUAAGUGUGCCUGCAGAUAUCGUGACAUCCCAGUCUUCUGCAGAGCACUCAUCCAUGGGUGACCCGUCAGAAACCACUACAGCAGACCCCUCAUAAGAGAUCAUCACUGUGAUGCUUUCCUUUUCAUCUUACAUUUUUCUUUGUCUGUCUG